UCCGAAGGUGGGGUAAGAAGCCGGGGAGGUUCGGGAGGUAGGGGAGAUUAGAGCCCUGAACGGCAAGCGAUCAUACCUGUGUGGGCCGAGGGCAAUGCCGUGUUGUGUUCACCACGCGCUGGGUUCGAGGGACGAAGCCGCACACGAUGGGUUAACCAUCCUGUUCCAUGACAGAGAACCCGCACGAAUAACAAGCGGCAUGCCCCCUCCUCCGCCCAACGGCGUCGAACAACCAGACGCCCAACGGCGUCGAACAACCAGAAACGCAGAAUCUUUGCAAGCAGACGCGGUUAACCAGUGGUCGAGGGGCAGAUCCACGUCGAUGGCUCGCUGCAACAACCCUUGACCAAGCCGGUGCGGGGUCGUGAGAGGGUGGGGAUUUGGAGAAGCGGAGGGUGGACUCGGCAUCUGCAGUGAUGGUCGGGAGUGGCUCCCCGGGUAGGAUUGUGUCGUGUAGUUCCUGCUGGUGCGAGAGCCAAAAUGGGGUUAUAGCUAAAGAGGUCCCGCC